CCAAAUCUCUCCCCUCCUGCUCCGUUUUCUCCUCCUCCUCCUCCUCCUCUUCUGCCUUCUCUGCUUUCUCCUCCAGGGCCAUCUCCUCUUCUCCACAGCCACAUCCCGCCUGGAGCAGUUCUGGGGGCCAGGAGGCCAUGGGGGGGCCACCCCCGGGCUUCCGGCCCUCAGGCUGGGUCCACUUGCUCCACCAGGUACCCCAUACCAACUUUCAGCUCCGACCUGUGGCCAGCACCUUUGCCCCCCAGGAACAGGACUACCAGCAGGCCUUGCUGUUGGUAGCAGCUUUAGCUGGGCUGGGCCUGGCUGUGAACCUGCUUGUUCUUGGACUCUACCUACUCCGAUCUUGCUGCCGUUGCCGCAGGCCCAAGACUGGUCCCCCUGAGGUCUCAGGUUCUCCAGAUGGAGGAGGCUGUGUCACCUGGAGCUGUGUGGCUGCCCUUCUCCUUGGCUGCGCUGGAAUUGGACUCGGUUUCUAUGGCAACAGUGAGACCAGCGAUGGGGUGUCCCAGCUCAGCUUCUCCCUCCUGCAUGCCAACCAUACGCUCAGCUCCAUCGACCGGCUGGUUUCAGAGACUGUGGAACGACUAGGGUCAGCAGUUAGGUCUGAGCUGACAACUCUAGAGGAGGUGAUGGCCCCACGGACAGAACUUGUGGCAGCUGCCCGGGGUGCUCGGAGGCAGGCUGAGGCUGUGGCUCAGCAGCUGGGAGAGCUGGCUUUCUGGAGGGAUGUGCCCCUGAGCCCAAUUCGGGUGGCUGAAGGUGUCUCCUUUGUGGAGGAGUACAGGUGGUUGGCCUACAUUCUCCUGCUGCUUCUUGAUCUCCUUGUCUGUCUCUUCACUCUCCUUGGGCUGGCUAAGCAAAGCAAAUGGCUAGUGAUUGUUAUGACAGUCAUGAGCCUGCUGGUUCUCGUGCUCAGCUGGGGAUCCAUGGGACUGGAAGCAGCUGCUGCGGUGGGUCUCAGUGACUUUUGCUCCAGUCCUGACCCCUAUGUCUUGAAUCUGACCAGGGCAGAAACUGGCUUAAAUCCAGAAAUCCUCCACUAUUACUUCCUCUGCAACCAGGUGGUCUCUAAUCCUUUCCAAGAGAAGCUGACAUUGUCCCAGCGCUCUCUGGCCAGCAUAUACUCCCAACUCCAGGGGCUGGAACGAGAAGCAGUUCCCCAGUUCCCAGCAGCCCAGAAACCGCUGUUGGCCCUGGAAGAGACACUGAAUGUGACAGAGGGAAACUUCCACCAGCUGGUGGCGCUGCUGCACUGUCGGGGGCUGCACAAGGACUAUGGGGCAGCAUUGCGGGGCUUGUGUGAGGACUCCAUGGAGGGCCUCCUCUUCCUGCUCCUCUUCUCCCUGCUGUCCGCCCUGGCUCUGGCCACGGCGCUGUGCAGCCUGCCUGCUGCUUGGGCCCACUUCCCAGCCAGCGACGACUACGAAGACCCAGAAGAUGACGAUCCCUUCAACCCUCAGGAAUCAAAACGCUUUGUCCAGUGGCAGUCAUCCAUCUGAGACUCCCUCCUUGGGCUGGGUCUGCUACCCCCACCUCUGGUGAGUCACAGCUUGGGUCUUUGUCCUCUUCCACUUUGUUCCAUUUAGCCUGCCUCUAAUGUAGCCCUCUGUCCAUCCCUCUGUCACUUAGCAUCUCUUCCCACCCUUCUGUCUCUCAAGUUCACUGGCCACUAUCCACAGCACUGCCUCUGUCUCAGCCCAUAUCGGUGUCUCUCUUCAUCCCUAGGCACCGCCCACCCACCAGAGAAGUUUCCCCUUCCCUACCAGGAUUCUUCUAGCUAUGAUGACUAACACUGCCAUACUCUGCCUGGAUCAGGAGAGUCUCGAGUCCCUCUUUCUACCCUGACGAAGUGACCCGAAGAUAGUUCCCUGCCCUCCCUAACCAACAUGCAAGGCUUGGGCCCAGGGAUCCCAGCCAGGGUGGGAGCCAAGAUGCUCAGGGCCCUCCUGGGAGCAGCUACCCCAGAGGACCUCCCCCCGGCCCCUUCCUUCCAACCCCUGGGCCCAAAGCUCCUUGUUUUAGAACCAGCACCACUAACUCAGAUUUGAAAUAAAAAAGAAGACUUUAUUUUA